UAAUUCGCUUCAAAAAAUUUGUAAGUACUCAUCCUCAAACAUCCCCAUCAAUAAAAACCACUCAGAAGAAUCUGCUUCAACAAGCUGCUUGAACUUGUUAAUAAUAUUAAGUGGAAGAAAAAUGGGAGGUAGUAAGGAAGGCGAAUCUAGUGACAAAGGGCUGUUUUCUCAUCUUGCUGGCUAUGCUACUGGACAUCAUUCGCACGGAUAUCCACCACAAGGUUACCCUCAUCAGGGAUAUCCACCACAAGGCUACCCUCCACAGGGAUAUCCACCUGCUGGAUAUCCUCCUCCAGGAGGAUACCCUCACCCACCUCAUGGAGGAUAUCCACCAGCCGGUUAUCAUGGACAUGGUUCACAGGGACAUAGUUCACAUGGACAUGGCGUGGGAGGAUUACUAGCUGGGGGUGCAGCUGCCGCGGCGGCUGUUUACGGAGCUCACCAUAUGGGACAUGGAGCUCAUCAUCUUGCGCAUGGGGGUUUCCACGGCCAUGGACAUCAUGGAAAAUUCAAACAUGGGAAAUUUAAACACGGGAAGCAUGGCAUGUUUGGAAAACAUAAGGGCAAGUUCUUUGGCAGGAAGUGGAAGUAAACCCAAUAUAUAUACACACCCAAUAUAUAUAUAUAUAUAUGUCAUUCGAGUUAUUAGUAUGCUAUUUUAACAGUUUACUGACUUGACUGCCCCUCCAAUAAACAUGGAUUUGUUUCUGUUGAUAUUUGUGACCUGGCAUGCUAAUACUAGCACAGUGCUUAUAUU